ACUCCCGACUCGAGACUCCCCCAAAGCCCGACCGCCGGCCUGGCGCGCGGCUGCGCCCACCGGCUCCGCGCCGCCACCGCAGCCGCCGCCUCGCCGUGCCCCCCGCCCCGGCUCGCGGGACGCCCGGCUAGUGCCCGGGCGGGCGUGCCUCGGCCCCGCGGCCCGGGCGGCCGGCGGUGGAUGGAGGGCGCCGCGCGCCCUGCCCGCUGCUCGGCGUGACGCGGGCCCCGCGCCCCGCGCCCACCAUGUCCUACCCGCAGGGCUACCUGUACCAAGCGCCCGGCUCGCUGGCGCUCUACUCGUGCCCAGCGUACGGCGCGUCCGCGCUGGCCGCGCCGCGCAGCGAGGAGCUGGCGCGCUCCGCGUCCGGCUCGGCUUUCAGCCCGUACCCGGGCUCGGCGGCCUUCACGGCGCAGGCGGCCACCGGCUUCGGCAGCCCGCUGCAGUACUCGGCCGACGCGGCGGCGGCCGCCGGCUUCCCGUCCUACAUGGGCGCCCCAUACGACGCACACACGACCGGGAUGACCAGCGCCAUCAGCUACCAUCCAUACGGCAGUGCGGCCUACCCCUAUCAGCUCAACGACCCCGCGUACCGCAAGAACGCCACGCGCGAUGCCACGGCCACGCUCAAGGCCUGGCUCAACGAGCACCGCAAGAACCCGUACCCGACCAAGGGCGAGAAGAUCAUGCUGGCCAUCAUCACCAAGAUGACCCUCACGCAGGUCUCCACCUGGUUCGCCAACGCGCGCCGGCGCCUCAAGAAGGAGAACAAGAUGACAUGGGCCCCGCGCAACAAAAGCGAGGAUGAGGAUGAAGACGAGGGCGAUGGUGCCAGGGGCAAGGCCGAGGGUUCCGACAAGGCGCAGGAGGGUACCGAGACCUCCGCGGAGGACGAAGGGAUCAGCCUGCAUGUGGAUUCGCUCACGGAUCACUCCUGCUCGGCCGAGUCGGACGGGGAGAAGUUGCCUGGCCGCACUGCAGACCCCCUGUGCGAGUCGGGCUCCGAGUGCAAGGACAAAUACGAUGACCUGGAGGACGACGACGAAGAGGAGGAGGAAGAGGAGGAGGGCGCGCGGGACCUGGCGCCGCCCAAGCCUGUGACCUCCUCGCCGCUCACCGGUGUGGAGGCACCGCUGCUGAGCCCCCCGCCCGAGGCCGCACCCCGUGGUGGAGGCAGUGGCGGCAAGACGGCCCUGGGCAACCGGACGUCGCCUGGCGUGCAGCCCCCGAGCAGCAAGCCCAAGCUGUGGUCGCUAGCCGAGAUUGCCACGUCGGACCUCAGGCAGCCGAGCCUGGGCGCGGGCAAUGGGCAGUCGGGAACCCCAACGGUUGCCGCCGCGCCCGCCCCGGCCGGAGGGCCGCCCGGCGGCUCACCCUACCCGGCGUCGUCGCUGCUCGGCCGCCACCUCUAUUACACUUCACCCUUCUACGGCAACUACACAAACUACGGGAACUUGAACGCGGCUCUGCAGGGCCAGGGGCUCCUGCGCUACAACUCAGCGGUCGCUGCCUCCGGUGAGGCGCUACACGCCGCGCCCAAGGCUGCCAGCGACGCGGGCAAGGCGGCCGCGCACCCGCUGGAGCCGCACUACCGCGUCCCGGGAGGCGGCAACUACGAACCCAAGAAAGAUGCGAGCGAGGCCUGCGCGGUGGUUGGCGGAGGCGUCCAGCCCUACCUAUAGAAGGGCCGGCACAGCGACGCACGUAAGUGGGCGCCGGCGCGCCUCCACUGGGCCCC